CUGGGAAUACCGAAUAGAAUGAGGGAUGGACGGCCCCAACGGAUUAAUUCCACGGUACUGCGUAGCGUAAAGUUUUACGAGCCUCCACAGUUCCCGAAGCUAGUGCAGAGUACGCAACAUGCCGUCAACUUGCUGUCGUGACGCUCUGUCAGGCUAUCAAUCAACUGGAUCGAUAUUCCAAGUCGACAGCGAACCGUAUCGUGUCUGGUCUUACGCGAAUUGCAGCAGCCUGUCGUGAGGAUAUCCACCCAAUAGCGAAUGAACUAAUGGAGCCUCUGCUUCCUGCAAUGCUAGACGGAUCUCAAUGGGGCAAGUUCCUGCGUCUUCGUACUGAAGCUAUCGCCACUGUGCUCGUUGGUUGUGCUGAGAGUGAUGACUUCCGGGUGGAAAAUCAUCCGUGGAUCAGCGACUUCAUCAGCUUCCUCCUGGAUCCCGUAGUUUCGUCCGAGUCGCAAUAAUGCGCAGCUCGUCAACUGUCGUGCACUUGCGAGCGUGGUCCUCUUGGACUUGAAGCUGUUGAAUACGCCGAAGCAUCCCUUCCACUUCUUUCUUGCUAGUUUCGUGGGAGCUUGGGGGAAGGGAAGAAAACGAAACUAGAAUAGUGA